AUUAAUUUUUAUUUACGUUCCUCAUUUUUUUUCUUCCUAAAUUCUCAUUGUUCUGUGUGGCGCAUAUAUAUUUGGCGCACUCCUGUACCAAUAUAUAUGUGUUCAAAUAAAUAAACACUGUCCGGUCAUUUAAAAGGAGUCCUUUUCAAAGAGGAACGAGAUGCGAUGAUACUCAGAAACAAAAAUUAAUCAAUGACCAAAAAGUGAAGAACUGUAGAUUGUUAGGACCAAAAGUGCUAACUAGUUCAAUCCGAAACGUCGAAGAUCCAAUGUAGAAUUUUUGGAUCUAAAAAACAUUAUUGAAUCUCCACCUAUGGAUCUCGAUGCUGAUCAGAAUAUCAGAAAGUCAAAAAGACUUCGUCGUGAUUCUGUAUGUCUAUCAAAGUCAGAAAGUAAAGAGCCUUCAAAACCAUCCAGAGCACCUCGAAGAAAGUCAUUGAGAUGCCCAUUAAAGCAAUUAAAUUCGCAUGAUAGUACAUCCACUAAUCCUACUCAACUAACUGUUCAAAUGAAAAAUGAGCUACCACACAUGGAUGUUAGUUCUAUCAAUACUAUUUCAUUUGGUAAUCUGUCAAUUUCAUCACCAAACAAAUCAGAAAAUACUAAAUUAUCUCGUCCAAGUUCUUCAUUUAUUCCUGCAUUUGUUUCAGAUUUUUACCUCUCUAAAAGAUAUAUUCCCCCUAAGCACAGAGGGUUAGCCACAGUAGUUGAAGAUUCUGUUAAACGGAGUCAGCGACGUCCUAGAUCGUACAAAAAGACCGAACUUUCUCCAAUAAGACGACAAAUAUUUACAGGCCAAACUCUUGAGGAAGCUUGUGCCCCUACAGCUGCUGGUAUUGCUCCGCUAGACCCAGAACUUGUGUUGUCAGCUACACGUAAGCGUGUUAUCAGGCGUCAAAGGCUUGCGAAAAAGUUAGGGUUUCGUGGCAUUAGUAUAUCCAAGCAGACUGAAGAGAACUUUGCUAAGUUUCUUUCACAAUCAAAUUUGAAUUCUUCUCACAGUAGCUCAGCAUCUAUCUGAGAUUAAAUGCAAUUGUCCUUCAUAUUAAUCUCGUACUGCAUAUUGAUACCUACGUCUUUCAAUUAAAUAUCAAAAUUCAGACCCUCCUUGUUUUAUGUAAAUCUUUUAUUUAUAUGACAGAUAUUUCCACCAGUGUUCACAUAGAAUCUUUCAUACAUGGUUUGCAAAAGCAUCGUAAGAACUUCAUAUUUCAUCCCUUUUAUCUUGCAUAUGGUAUCGUGUUGUGUAUACUUUUUGAUUAAGUAUGAAACCUGUUCAGAUUUUUUACAACUUACGUUUACAAAACGAAUUUGACUUUUAACUCUCUUUAGAUUUUGUUACAGCCCAAAAUGUGGGGGAUUUUACAAAACAUCAUUUAAUCUGAAUAUAAUCUUUUUCGUUCUUUUGAAACAAAUAUCCUCAUAUUUUUCAAAAGCGUUUCUUUUGUAAAGUUGGGCUAUGCCUCAAAUACUGAGACACGUUGCAUAUCAUUUUUAUCAGUAAGCUUUUACCACAGAUUUUAAAUGUGACCAUUAGCAAACUUUUAAAUUAAAAAGAAAUCAAUAACGUGGUUGAGUUUUAAGAUUUUUUCAAUAUUGCUUGAUCGGCAGUUGGGUGCCCAGGUUUCUAA